CUUUCCCAAACAGACCCGGAGUGGGUGGCGUCUACGCGUCAGCCUUCUCAUCAUACGACGCCGCAUCUUUCUUCUUUCACCCUUCUUUAAUUUUAAACGUCCUCUCGGAUGGAUAUAUUCUCUCCAAAUAAUUGCCUUCGUCCUCCUUUACAUCAAUUUUCUCCCAUGAAAUAAAAAAUAAUCGCUCUCCCAAAAAUCUCCGCUGUAAUCGACCCACCGUCGCCGACUACAAUGGCAGCUCCGGAAGAGAGCAACUUCAACUGGCUCGUCGAUCUGGAAUUGGAAGGAAUUUCUCUUCCCGGCGGCGGCAGCGGCAGCGGCAGCGGCGGCGACAUGUUUCCUCCGAUUGAACCGGCGUUUCAAUGGCCUUCCAAUGCGUUUUCCGUUCCAACUUCCCUCAGCAAUGGACAAGAUGUGUCGGACGAAAAUUCUAAUAUUGUAAAGCAAUGCAACUCCAAAAAGAGGGUAAGAUCAGAGGCGUGCAACACAACUGAGUCCAAAGCACAUAGGGAGAAAAUGCGAAGGGAUAGGCUGAAUGACCGAUUCCAAGAAUUAAGUUCUGUCAUUGACCCCGGCAAGCCACCAAAAAUGGAUAAGUCAGCCAUACUGAGUGAUGCUGUUAAAGUGGUAAAUCAGCUGAGGGAUGAAGCUAAGAAGCUGAAAGUUUCGUUUCAGGAUUUACAAGAGAAGGUCAAUGAAUUAAAGGCCGAGAAAAACGAACUCAGAGAAGAGAAGCAAAAGCUAAAGGCAGAGAAAGAGAAACUUGAGUUGCAGCUAAAAGCUAUAAGCUCUCAACCUGCAGGCUUCUUAGCUCCUCAUCAUCCUGCAUCUGUUCUUGGCAGUAAGAUGAUCCCUUUUGCUGGCUAUCCUGCUGGGAUGAUUCCCAUGUGGCAAUUUGUACCAUCGGAAGAUCACUCUCUCCGCUCCCCGAUGGCUUAAAUUUUAGUGGUAAGUAGUUUAGAGAAGUCCUAAAGUUAAGGAAAUGACCGGCUAGAGAAGCCGAAGCAAUCAAGAAGCAUUGUUUGU